AUGCCGAUUAAGCAUCUUGACAAUUAUCUUUCCGAGCGCAAGCAUCUUCAAACGCUUCCGCUCAACUUGCUCUCGGACUCACGGCUGGGUAUCGACGCGGCCCACUACCUUCAGAGUCUCUACGAUGGACCGGACACCAAGGAGCAACUAUUGGCAGCCACUGGGGGCCUGCCCUUGACGCUCUCUACGCGUAUCGAAGCCGACUUGCGCGUGCUCGAGAAGCUGCGCAUCAAACCUGUAUUUGUGUUCCCCGGUCUGCAGCCCAAGAAGAGCUGGAGGCAGCAAAACCACAAUAUGGAACAGCGUGAGGCUUGCGGCGACCGCGCCUCGGCCUGGAGCAAGUACGAGGCUGGAUACGAGGAGCCUGCGUAUAAGCUGUUCGAGGGCCGCCAUGGCUUGACGCACUGGGAUUUGUGGCGCACAAUCUUGCGCAUCUUCCGGAACCGUAAUGUCGAAUUUCUUGUCGCGCCGUACGUCUCUUGGGCACAAUUGAUCUACCUCCAGCGCCACCCCAAGUCAUACAUCCACUCCAUCUAUGGGCCGACAGACACCCUUCUCUAUCCUGGUGUAGACAAGCUCAUUACCUCGGUGAACUUCACCGCCAACCCGCCUUCCUUCACCUUCGUCUCCAAAAAGUCCAUUCUGGGCGACCUCGGCGUUAGCGAAGACCAGUUCCUCGACAUCGGUAUCCUUGUCGGCUUCGAUCACAUCCAACCAUUCCCUCCGACUAUGCACGACCAGGGUUUGAAAGCCACUGUGGACAUGGUCAAGUUCUACAAGUCCGGCCAUAUGACGGUUACGACAUACAAUGACCAACAUACGAAGUCGCUAGGUUACCAGGACCUAUACGCCCGCACGCGAGCAAUGGUCAAGUUCUCGCUUAUCCUCACCGCCGAGGGUACAUGUCAGCCUUUGCCCCUGGCCGCUCCGCCUCCUGGCGGCGCCCCCGCGUCAAUUCACCAUCCGACCGCUGCAGACAUCCCGUCCGACCUUCACGAAAUUUUCACACACCGGCUUCCCGACGAGGUCUACUUCUACAUCUCCCGCGGCCUCCUUGCGCCUGCGCCGCUUGUGUGGUUAACGAGCGGUAGCGUUCUCGAGAGCCCGCCCCUUGACAACGGCGAGACUACGGAGUACCGUCGCUUCGUGAAGGAGGUCAUCACUGAGGGACACACGGGCCCGCGCGCGACGGCUCUCGCCCUCAUCUCGUCCGCGCUCCAGCCCUUCUGGGCAAACAGGAAGAUUACCGCGUUCUUCUGGUUCGAGCAUGCGCACGCAAGCCCUGGCCAGGCGAAGCUCAUCGCGCACAGCUCGCCAGCGACGGCGCAGCUCGUCGAGCGCGUCUCGAGCUGGCAUGUGCCGUAUUCUAUAGUCGAGGAGGAGCUGAGGAGGCAAAACUCCUCGACCAUCGACUUUGCACUGUGUCUUGGGGCCACAGCAACUGAGAAGCAAGCAGCGCGCACGCGUAUCAAGAGCGGCGCGAAGCAACCCCUGCUUGAGAAAAAGGACGAGUUGGUCGCUAAUGUCAUCUGGCGAUUCCUGGAGCUUCGAGGGUUCCUGCUCAAGACGCACGAACAUUCGCCAUUGGCGCGCUCGAUGCAUACUGCGAUUCGGUCGGCCAGGCUCAAUGACAAGUUCCAGGAGCCGCUGUAUCUGUUCUUGGAGCUCGUUCGAGCGGGCGUCAUGCAUGGCAAUCUGUGGUCUUCGCGAGCAUUCAGUGGAGGCCCGAGCUUCGGUACAGACGACGAGAAAUCAUGCAUGCUGCUGGUCAUGCGCACCCUGAGCAUCGUCCCUCUCAACUUUAAGCCGAUGCCCUGGUCUGCGCCUCUGUCGCGCGAGCUGCUAGUCUUCAACUCGUUCGUACGCUCACUCUCUCGCGCGCUGCGGACGCUGGCGGAGGUAACGACGCUCAACCUGCUCCUGCGACAAGAUGCGGAGAGAAAGCGCGAGGACCUUUUGGAUAUUGGGCUCUCACUACCGUUCCAGUCUGAAGUGAAUACCGGUUUUGGAGUGCUCGCCAAGGUGUACUUGGACGCGCUCACACACAUCAACGGCGGCCAGCGUGUGCGUGAUGCGCGUGCGGAGGGUGUGGCGGACGCCAAACAGAUUGCGCUCGAUAUCUGCGAAGAGACAUUCCCGGGUGUCAAGGAUCCCCGCAGGGAAGUUGAGCGCGGCUUCAGGUUCUGGGACGUCGCUUUGACCGCCAUGCGGCAGCUGCACGCGGAAGGCGCGGUGAUGGUCGAGCUGAUUGACCAGUUUGAGGCGGCGGAGGCUUGGCUUGGACCGAUGCGGCCAUGA